CCAUUCGUGCAGCAGAGCGCGCGCGAGUUUGGAUUUCGAACGAAUCAUCGCGCCUUCGCGGUCGAAUUCAAAAAAAGAACAAAAAAUAUUGACGCCAUUUUUCACGAAGUUUAUUUUGUAGCUGUGACUUUUUAUAUAAAGUAAAUUUUAUAAAUAUGAGAACUAUGGCUAGUGUGUGGUUUUUGAUGGUAGUGCUAAUUUCAGUACAAAAAGUUUUCGGAGAUGUUUGCCUGAAGGAUGAAACAGAGUUAACCUGCAAUGAAUGUAUGAGGUGUAAUGGUGAUUGGUGCACGGCACGUGGGUCAAAGCACUGCUACUUAACGACAGCCACUGAAGACGGCACGUGUCCCAGCGCUCUCGAAAAGCCUCACAUUGAGAAAGAAGUGACGAAGCCUGGAGUAGCCAUAAAGCCAGUCUAUGCUGAGAGAACGCUGCUCAUCAACAAGCCAACCAAGAUUGAUAUCACGUACAAUGCAAGUGCUAAAAUGGCGCCGGAGUUAAAGAUGGUAUAUUCAACGCAGACCUACAAUGUCGAGUUAAUGGAGUACGCCACUGAGUGUUCUGGUGACACCUGUACCUCCACAAUCCAGGCUAAAGCUGCCACAAACUUCUGUAACGUCACUGGAGGCAUUUCUGAGUAUAUCGAAGUGACUUUCGACGUGGGCUUGAGUGAGAAGGCCAGGAUUAAGUACAACGUGCCUUGCGCCUGUCCUUGCAGUGGGGAAGUCGAAACGGCUUCGGUUUACUGUAGCAAAAAUGGUGAUUUCUCUUGUGGAGCCUGCACGUGUAAUUCUGGAUGGACCGGCGAGUUUUGCGAAAUCAACAUUUGUUCGAAACGUGGUGAUGUUGUCCAAUGUUCUCUGAACCCAAGAAAACCUGACGAAUGCUCUGGCAACGGUUACUGCAGUGAAUGCGAGACUUGCAUCUGCUACACCGACCGGGAGGGGUCCCAGUACUUCGACCAAGAGAACAACUGUGAGGACCUCUGCAUGUCCAUCACCAACGGCGACUGUGAAGACUGCCUCGUCACCGACACCUUGGGAGAAUGCAACAAAUGCUCUGAAAUCACCAUUGAAAAAUUAAAUCGAUCACUAACUGACGAAAGGGAUUUUAAGAAUAGAAAGGUCUGGGUAUCUUGCAAAGCUGAUCUUGAUGACUGUGGCCCUAUUGAGUACUAUGCGAGACAGGAUGAGAGUAAACAGAAGUAUGUUAUGAUGGUCAAGCAUUGUAAUGAAAUUAUUUCUGAGGCUUUGGUACCUAGUGAAACUAAAGUCCCGAUAAUCCUGGGAGUCUUAGGCAUCGUGGCGGCCGUAGCUGCAGUAGGAGGCGUGAUGCUCUGGAAACACCUCAACGCGGUGCCCCCGGUACCUCUGAACGACCCGCAGUAUCAGAACAUUGAUGCUGAAGACUGCACGGGAGAGAACCCCUUGUAUAAGCCGCCUACGUCAUCCUUUAAGAACCCUACGUAUGGAAAGUGGUAGUUAUGGUGUUACCUGCUGGCUGAAUCAUCGAGGACUGAAGAUCAGGGUCAAGCGGAUAUGGGGGCUUUUGGAUAUGACUCUCCGUAUUGCAAAAGAACAUCAACAAGACCGCUUAAAUUAUUGGACAUUGCACGAUUAAUUGCAAGCGGUUGCAAUAUAUCGCGGUCGGCCCCCUCCAGUCCAAUCUUCCAUUCCAACACUGCCUGUGAUCGACACCAUGAUGGAGAAAUUACAUUCGUCCGGUGUCUACGUCGCAAUGUGUAACUAGAAUACAUUUUAUACCGUAGUUGUAAGUAUAAAGGCCGGUUCACACAUCACCACGCCCGCCGCCAACGCGUCCUGACACGAACGGGAUUAAAAUAUCGUCGCAUACGUUUUGCAUACGAUCUGCGCCUCGCCCAUUAGUUGCUAUCGCACUGGAUAUUUUCUCUUCACUGUCAGACUCUGCAACGCUUAUAUCUGACGUCACGUUUAGAAAAUAACAGCUUUAACUUUGCGCGUAUUAUUUUUAUACGGUUAUUUUCUACACGUGGCUUUCCCAUCGGAAAGGGUAAGUAUCCGCACGGUGAUCUGUGUACCGCCAUUUUGAAUUACGUAAUUAAUGCCUCUGUGAUAUUUAAGAUGAUUAAAUAAGAGAUGGUGGAUGAGUCACCGCGGCCGCUGUUUGAUUUGUAAUCUAACAGUAAACACGCGCUGUAUUGAACUACGUUGACGCAUAAUAACAAAACGUAUUCAUACGAGUUGUCUUCUUGUAUUGUGUACGCAAGGUUAAUUCUAAUUGGUAAACAAGUUACGAGGUGACUCACGGCCAACGAAUUACACGAAAAAGUUUAGUAGUACGUAGAAAAUAUCGAGAUGUAUUUAAUAUUCUUUAGAUCUGCAUAAUUACCAUCUCUGUAGAUGUAAUUAGUUUAAAUUGUGUAUGUAAAAGAAUAACUUUAAGUAUUCUAUUGUAAUGUCGUGUCGAGUAACGUAUUACUUAGUGGAGCACGAGUUACAACGAAAAGUAGACUGACUGACGUGAAUAGACAGUUUUGUACUUCAGAAACAUUAGUAGUGAGUGACCUGAUGAAUGAUUUGUUGAGUAGAAAGCAACGCGAAAGUAGGAUGCUUUAGUGAUUUUUUAUGUAGGUGUGCUACAAUACCAAGUGGGCAGAUUCUGUGAUCGAAUGGACCACACGGUGACUAACGGGUUUAGCACGAAUCGAAUAAAGGUCGUCGCCUAAUGGCGAUGUUCCUGUACCGUAUUAUUGUUAUUCAUUAGAAUUAUGACUUCAUGUCUAUUAUAAUAAAAACAUCUGCUAUUGUGCGUAAAUUUAUAAAUAAGUUCCUACGAAAGAUUGAUUUAUUUAGAAAAUAUUAGAUACUUAACGUUUUAAAUUAUUGAUUUGUUAUUUUAAUUUUUGGCCACAAAUCAACCAAAGUUAUGAAUAAAACAGUAUUUCGUUAUUUUUAUAUUGAAACUAAAAUCAACGCUUACGCUUUGCCUUAAAUUAGAUAAUUCGAUAACCACAAUUUUCGCAUAAAAAUUAAUCAUGUUUAAAAGUAUUAAAACAUCUUCAGUUAACCGAAUAGGAACAUUGACUUUCAAGACAUAUUAAAGUAACCAGUAAACUCGUAAACAAUACUGUGUACUACAAUUUAGUAUAUAAAUGUAAGCAUAUAUCGCUAUCAAAGUGCAUUGUACUUCCGUUAGUUAUAUCUAUGUAAAUACUGUAGUCCAAUGUAAACACUAGAUCUGUAACAUUAAGAUAAACUGUAAAUAACGACUAACUGUAAUCUCAUACUUACUUAUAGCUUGUAGAAUUAAAUUAUUAACAUCACAUACACUAGACAUUAUUAUUUAGUUAUUUCUCAUUAUUUUAAGUGUUAUCGAAUGAUCUGCGCUGAGUCUUGCUGAAAGUCUGCAUUACCAUGAUUAUAUUGUCUAUUAUAUAGCGCAUUUUGUAUUUUUGUACAUUUGUAUCAGUUGUUAAGCUAGUCAGUAAAAAAAAAACAAAAGUA